AUGGCGACUGAAGCAAAAGUGUCCGAUGAUCUUCAACCUGUGAAGAGGAGCAGCAGCUAUGAAUGGAUGCCACCUUCCAUGUCUGAGCUGAGGGUUGUUCUGCUGGGGAACAGCUGGUCUGAGAGGAGUUCAGUGGGGAACUUCAUACUGGGAGAGACUGAGUUCAACACUGAGGAAGAACCAGAUCACUGUCUGAGAGUCAGAGGACGGAUGGAAGAGAAAGAAAUAGUUCUGAUCAACACUCCAGAUCUGCUGCUCCCCAACAUCUCUGAAGACAAACUAAGAGAACAUGUAGAAAACUGUGAGAGACUCUCUGAUCCUGGACCUCAUGUGUUCCUGCUGGUUCUGCAGCCUGAAGACUUCACUGAGGAACUCAAAGAGAAGCUCUGCAGAGUCCUGAAACUCUUCAGUCAUCAAUCAUUUGAUCAUUCAUUGAUACUGAUAUCAACAUCCAGAGAGGAGAGUUCAGCUUUCAUGGAGAAAGACCAGCCCUUAAAAGACAUGAUCAGAAUGAGUAGAUACAGAUAUCUGUGGCAGAAGAACCUUGAACGUCCAGAACUUUUAACACGUUUGUGUCAAACUGUAAAAGAGAACAAUGGACAUCUGAUCUGUGAUGUAUUUGAGGAUGAGGGUUUGAUCAUGACACCAAAGUCUGACCAAAUGAAACCAUCCUUAAACCUGGUUCUGUGUGGGAGGACAGGAUCAGGGAAGACCUCAGCAGCCAAGGCCAUUUUAGGUCAGACAGAGCUUCAUUCAGUCUCCACCUCAUCAGAGUGUGUUAAACAUCAGGGAGAGGUGUGUGGACGUUGGGUUUCUGUGGUGGAGCUGCCUGCCUUGUAUGGAAAACCUCAGGAGGCAGUGAUGGAGGAAUCUCUCAGGUGUAUCUCCCUCUGUGAUCCUGAGGGCGUCCAUGUCUUCAUCCUGGUCCUACCUGUGGGUCCCCUCACUGAUGAAGACAAGGGAGAGUUACAGACCAUCCAGAACACAUUCAGCUCUGCAGUCAAUGACUUCACCUUCAUUCUGUUCACUGUGGAGUCACAUCCUGAAGCUCCAGCUGUUGUUGAGUUUGUCAAAGAAACCAAGGAGAUCCAGGAUCUCUGUCAGAGCUGUGGAGGAAGAUAUGUUGUUCUCAACAUCAAGGACCAGCAGCAGAUCCCAGAGCUGUUGGAUUCUGUGGAAAAGAAGAUAGUUGAAGGAUCCAGAUGCUUCACAAUGAAGAUGUUCACCAAGGCUCAGAUUAAGAAGGUUGUAAAGCAGGAAAACAUUAACACAAGACUUGAAGCUGAACUGAGGGAUCUGAAACAUAAAAGUAAGAUGGAAAUAGAUGAUAAACAUCAGAGUAAAGAGUGUCUCAGGAUGGUGCUGAUCGGGAAGACUGGCAGCGGGAAGAGUGCAACAGGAAACACCAUUUUGGGUAAAGAACAUUUUAAAUCUAAAGCCGGCGUAGAUUCAGUGACCAAGUUUUGUGAGAAAGCAACAGGAGAGGUUGAUGGACGGCCUGUCGUCAUAGUCGACACCCCCGGAUUGUUUAAUACGACUCUGUCUGAUGAUGACGUUCAACAGGAGCUUGUGAAAUGCAUCAGCAUGUUGUCUCCUGGACCUCAUGUUUUCUUACUGGUGCUGAAGGUCGGCCGCUUUACAAAACAAGAAAAAGAGUCUGUGGAGCUGAUCAAGAGAUAUUUUGGUAAGAAGUCUGAAGAUUUCAUCAUCAUUGUAUUCACCAGAGGAGAUGAUCUGGAAGAUCACACAAUUGAUGGUUACAUAGAAGACAGUGAUGACUUGGUGAAAAAACUAGUAAAUGACUGUGGAGGAAGAUACCAGGUCUUCAACAACAAAAAUCAAACAGACCGCACACAAGUCAGAGAUUUGAUGAAGAAGACAAACAAAAUGUUGAAGGAAAAUGGUGGCAGCUGCUACACCUCAGAGAUGUUCCAAGAGGCCGAAGCAGCAAUACAGAAGGAAGUGGAGAGAAUCCUGAAGGAGAAAGAAGAAGAAAUGCAGAGACAGAAGGAGGAGCUUCAAAGAAAACAUGAAGAAGAAAUGGAAGCAAUCCUGAUCAUCACAGGCUUCUGA